CUUCCAAGCUAUUCAGGCAUUUGUGUCAGGCGUCCACGAUGCAGUAUCAAAUACGGGAGCGCUUACAGUCGCUGUCAAGCUGCUUGCAGGUAUGUCCGGGGUUACACGCGCGAUGUUGCAGCGACUGUCCGCCGUUUGCUGUAUGCGCGGUGCUGAGGACCACUCGUGGGCGGCACGCCUGGAGCCUGGAACUGUGCAGCUGUUGCCGGCGGUUGCGAAACUGAGGACGGUUCGACACUCGGAGGUGGUCUAUGAGCCGGUGACAUCAUCAGCGGGGGGCGACAUCGCUGCUGCAGCGGACGGUCGUGAGCCACCCGCUGAUGCGGUGCCCCCUGGCCUCAGCAGCGAGUCCCGCGCAGCCACACUGGCCGCCAGUGCGGAUGUGGUGGUGGCGUUCUGGCGGCCGGCAGCGCCCGCGUCCGCGGGUACUGCUGCUGACGGCGACUGGGCGGCGCCACUGCGGCUGGUGGUGGUGCCGGCGGCAGGGGCGCCGCAGCAGCCAGAUCCACCAGGUGAGCUGACGGCGGCGAUGGCGGCGGCGGCGGCGGGUGCUGCCGGCGGCUCCGUCACUGCUGUAGGGCGUGCCGCAGCACUGCUGUCGGCAGGGGUGGCAGCGGGGCCAGAGGCGGCGGCAGCUCUGGGCACCACCUCUGCUGCAUCUGCCACGAAGCGCGCGCGGUCCUCACCCCUGGCAGUGGGAGGCAAGGGAGGAGACCGGGGCAGCGGCGGCGGCGGCAGUAGGGGACGUUCGUGGUGGCCGCGUGCGGCAAAUCUGCGCAAUGCGGUGCUGCGCGGCGGCCCGCCUUCGCCGUCAGCAUCAGCUCAUUCCAAGCCAGUGGCAGGAGCGGCGGCAGCUGCGGCCGCCACGGCGCCUGACUUGCCCCCCGGCAACACCCCCACACCCCACACGGCCGACCCCGUCUGGAGCCCUGACUUGCCCUGGCUGCACCCGCACACCGCCGCAGCCCUGGCGACAGCAGUAGCUGCCAGAAGCGGCAGCAGCAGCGGUCGCAGCGGCAGCAUGUGCUGGCCGGUGCUGCUGCGCGGCAUGCUGCUGCCCCUGCCGCACGGGCUGGGGCAGGGCGGUGACGUCUGGCUGGGCGGCGGGGCAGACACGGCGACGUCUGGCAGGGGGCUGCUGCUGCUGCUGCCGCAGCUGCCGAGGGCUGUGCGGCCUGUCGCCAGUGCCGCGACUGCCGCGACUGCGGAGGCGGAGGCCGACCCGGAGCUAGGCGCGGCUGUGGAGCGGCUGCGGCUGCAGGGCACCUGGCUGGGGCUGUGGCUGGCAGGUCGCAUUGCCACACCGCACCAGGCGCAGUAUCACACGCAGCAGCGGACGCCGCCACUGGCUCGGGGUCUCAGCAGCUUGGUGUCCGGUGCGGCGCCGGGCUGGGCCCGCACCUCCACACCCGGCGGAGGUGGCGGCGACGGCCCCGGUGGCGCUGCCGGUGCCCGCAGUGGUGGCUCCUUCUCGGCACUGCGCAGGUUGCUGCCGCAGCGCCGGAGCCGCAUGCCCUCUGAGAGCAGCAGCGCUAGCAGGGCCCCUGCGGCCGGCGGUGUUGCCUGCCCCAGCGGUGAAGGGGCGCCGGGGCUCGAUGCACGGCUGGCCACGUCGUCUGCUGGCGCUGGCGGGCCCCUUCCUGCGGGCCGGUCGGGCAGUCAGCUCUCUACCCGGGAGCUGCAACAGCGUUGGCCCAGAAGCACCAGUGGGGAUUGCAGUGCAGGUGGUGGUGGUGGAGGCGGCCGCGUCUCCGCACCUGCAGCGGCGUCGGCCAGGCAGCUGCCGCGUGAGCCACUGUGGUCGCACGUGCUGGGAGCUGCCGCCAACACCCAGGAAGUCACAGUGCCGUCGUCAGCGUCCUCCGCUGCGGCGGCAGCAGCGGCAGCGGUGCCUGUGUCUGUGCCUGGGCCCUCCACCGCCCCCGCCGCCCAGGCCCGGCUGUGGCCCGGCUCCAGCCUCUUCCAGCAACACCCCACCCUGCUGCUUGGGGCGCUGCCCGAGCUGCCCGAGACGUCCUCCCGCACCGAGCCACUGCCCAGGCCGCUUCACCCCGGACGCCUCGGGGCGCAGCCAGGGACUCGGGCAGUGCCGGAUGAAGAGCCGGAGCCGGAGCGGCCCUGGUCCCCACUGGCCGAGGCGCUGCUGCUGCCGGGCCACACGCCCCGCCGCCGCCAACAGAGCGGCGGUGGUGGUGCACCCGCGCUAACCCCCAGGCCCAGGCGCUUUGUCAACGACAGCACCGGAGCGGAGGCGCUAGCUACCGGAGGAGGAGGAGGAGGUGGCAUAACCAGAACCAGCUUGAGCGGUCCCUUGCAGCUGUGGUCUCCCGGCACGGCGACGGCAGCGGCUGCAAGCGCUGCAGCGCGCAGUGAUGCCGCUACCCCGACCGGCGCUGAUGCUGCAGCGGUGCAGGCGGCGGCGCACGUACGGCAGCAGAUGGAGUUUGAGCUGGCGGCGCUGGCGGCAGAGGUGGAGGCAGCCACACGCGAGGUGGAGUGGUCGGAGCUGCUUGUCGGCCACAGCCCCCGCCGCCGCCGCGCCAGUAUGCCCAGUCGUCCGCCGCUGACGUCGCCCGCUUCAGCCGCACUUGUGGGCAGGGGCCUUGGCGGCCGCGACCCCAGCCCCGGCAGCGGUAGUGGCUCCCGCCGUGGCGGCGGCACCCGCUGGGCCGCUGCAGGGCCCGCCGAGGUGCGGUCGCCGCUCCGCAUGGCGGCAGCGGCGGCGGUGGCGGCGGCGGCAGCCGAAUACUCCAUCCGGGGUCGCAGCCUGCUCCCGCUGUCCCUGUCCUCCGCCCCCACCAGCACCAGCGCGGUGGCCGAGCCCCGCCCCCGCACCCACGGCCCCACCACGCACGCCACAUCCAGUCGCGGCAGGGGCAGCCAGCAGCAGCCGGCGCCGCAGCGGCCGAUGCAGGCGUUCGCCCGGCGCAGCCCCGCAGCAGGCAUGGGUGUGGGUGUGGGUGUGGGGGCUGCCGCGCUGGACUUGUACAGCUCUGCCGGUAGCGCACGCGGCAGCAGGUGGGGUGAGGCAGGGGCAGGGGCGGACUCGUCACUGCACAUAUGGCGCCUGGACGAGGAUGUGGAAGACGACGGCGGGGCCUGGCGGUGGCAGGGACGGGCACAGGGGCAGUGGCACACGGCGCCUCAAGCAGCGGUUGGCGGGGCAGUGGCCGCCACCGCCACCGCCACCACUGCAGCUGCAGGGGCCGACGGCGAGGCCGAUGCGGAUGCGGAACCGGCGCUGCUGUGUGCGGAACUGGACAUGGACCCAGCUGGAACAGCCGCCGGCGCCUACCUGCUGCUUCAAGACCUGUCCAGCGGCGCGGCCUCGCCAACCGCCACCAGCCACACCCCCGCCAACACCAAUGCCAAGGCUGGACAGGAGGGUGCUGGCGGCCGGCCCCGGCCCGUAUCCCUCAAUAGCCUUGCAGUCAGACUUGUGGGUACAGGGGGCGCGGUGCCGCCCUGGGGCGGCGACCGUGGCGACUGUGGUGGUGACACUGGCGGCACUACUCAUAUGGCGAUCGUUUCACCAGACUGCCGGCGGCUGGCGUCCGCACACACGGCGCCUGCCUGUGUUGCCGUGGCGGCGGCUGACGUCGAGGACUGCCCUGCGUCCAAUGCCUCAGAGCCAGCACGCACGGCCUUGGCAGCAGUAGCAGGAGGUGCCUAUGCCUCCGGGGCAGCAGUGCCGGCCGGCCGCGGACGCCGCACCCACAGCGGCUGCCCACAUCGUGUAGGCGGCAGCAGUGCCCCAGGAAGCGGUACAGGCGGCAGGCUGACGUCAGCCCACUGCUCAGAGCCCGGGUAUGAGGGCGGUGCACGGCUGCGCGCCGGGCAGCCGUCCAGCGGCAUCGGGGGUGACAGUCCCAUCGGCUCCGACGCUGCCUCCCACGCAGCCGCAACUGCAGCCGCUCACGGCCGGCACCACAACGACAUCCGGAAUCUACGGCUGCGGCUGGACGGGCAAGCGGCAGGGGCAGCGGCAGGGGCACUGGACGGCCGCUCGGCCUUGAGCCCCAGUGGUGCCGGCUCUGCCACUGGCUGCCUACGCCAGCCGCCCCCUGGCGCACUGCGCUCGGAGCGGCUAGUCCGACUGGACGAAGAGGGCCCCGUGGCCGCCUUCAGUCUCCCACACUCCCGCGCCUCCCCCGCCGCCUCCAACUCACCUCCAGACGCCGCGGCUGCCUCAAACCCCGCAGUCCACACGGAUACAGCCACCAUCACCACCACCACCACCACCACCACCACCACCACCGCCACGACCACCACCACCACCACCACCACCACCAUUCCGGUCCCAGUCCAGGGCUUGGGCCUUGGAAGCGCCGCCACACCCACUGCCUCUGUUGCAGCCAUCAGCAAUACCCGUGCUGCUGCUACAGCCGCCACUGCUACUGUCGCGACGGCUAAUCCUGCUGCUGCUGCUGCUGCUGCUGCUGCUGCUGCUGCUGCUGCCACCCACAACCCCACCACGUGGCGUGCCUGGGCUAGCUCACGGGCCAUCCUGCUACAGCCGCCACCUGACCCGUCCGCAGCAGUAGCAGUUGCAAUGGCCCCUGCUGCGACCCCUGCUGCGCCUGCCAGUGGGCCCUCUGCGGAGGUCGUGUCACCCGCUGCCCUGCGCACCCCCAUAAGCGGCGCCGGCGGCGGCGGCAUCAGCAGCAGCGGCCGGCGCGCGCUGCAGUUUUCGUACACCUUUGGCGGCGCCGCAAGCCGCACCGUCAGUGGCGGGCCCCACGGCGAGGUCUCGGCGUCAGGAGUAGCUUCCGGGGGCGGCGGGCGCGGCGCGGGGUCAGGCAAGGGGCUGGGCUGGGCCCCUGCGGGGCUGUGGAGUGGGUUGGGCGGCUCAGCAGGCACCGGUGGCAAGCUCCGGAGGCUGCUGAUGGGCCGUGGCAGUGACACAGGUGCAGCGGUGGGGACAGGUGGCGCCUCCUCGCCGCCGCUGCCGCCGCCGCCGCCGCCACACCUCCAGUUGCCUCAGGGGCCCGGCAGCGGCAGGAGCGGCGCCCGGGUGCCGCGGCGCAGUGAUCCUGCCUCCAGCGGCACUGGCACCGGCGCCGGCACUGCGGCGGCCGACAGGGACAGCGGCAUCCUGACCAGCCACACCUCCCUGCCGCUGUUCCGAGGCCACCAUCACCAACACACCGCCCACACCCCAAACACACACAGCGGCCUCACGCCCGCCGCCUCCCUGCAGCCGCAGCUGUCCCAGCGCCUAUUCCGAGUGGCACUGGACAUGGACGAGCCGCCGCCCCCGCCAGGACCGCCGCCGCUACCACUGACGCCGCCGGGCCUGCUGCCGCUACCGGCGCACGGCCAAGCUGCCCCCGCGGCGGCGGCCUCGCGCCGCUCCCUGGCCUCGCCGGGUGGGGCUGCGGCCCAGGCCCCUGGCGGAGGCGCCGGCCACUGGGCUGCUGAGCGCAACUCCAGUGGCCACGUGCUGAGUCCCGCCACCUCGCUGUCGGGUGCCCUGCUGGCGGCAUCCGCCUCUGUCGCCAGCCCCAGCCCCAUGCCCGGACGCAGCACGGGAGCAGCAGGGGCCGGGCACGCCAGUGGCCCUGUGGCUUGUGCUGCCGCGGUGCCGCCGGCCACGGCGCCGGCUGGCGACUCGUCUGCGGGCAAACCAGCCGCCGGCACAGGCGCAGGCGCCCGGUCAUUCCGGAGCAGCAGCGGGAUGAUCGGCGGCGCCAUGCGGAGCCUGACGCGUGGCCGCAUACGGCUGCGGGCUGGCGAGGACGCCGCUGCAAUGGCCACUGGCACUGCCACUGCCACUGGCACUGCCACUGGCACUGGCACUGGCACUGCGCGGGCAACCACCUCACCUCCGCUGCCUGACCGGGCGUCUACAGGUGUGGCACACGCCCACCAUGCCAACCGCCAGUCUGCGCCCAGCCGCAGUGCCGCUGCCGCCGCCUUGCGCCACUCUGCGCCCGGGGAGCUGCCCCCACCCGUCAAGUUGGGAUGGGCCAGUCGGGCGGACGUGCUUGCCUCGGAGGCGGCACUGGCGGCGGCGGCGCGGCAGCGGCAGUGCAUCAUGCGCCAGUCCUUGCGGCGCCCGCAGCAGCAGGAGCCUCUGCAGCACCUGCUGCAGGAGCCGCCGGAGCACGGCGGCCUGCAGGUCGUGGCGCCUGCGGUGCACGUGGCCCGCGGCGGAGGUGCUACGGUGUUGACACCCGGGGCCGCAGGGGCGGUGCCAGCUGCUGCGCCCUCCUGCGGCGCACUGGAGGGGCCGCAGCUGCAGCUCAGCCCCAACCUGCCUGGUCGUUUCCCCCAAUCCCAGGCUGGGGCUGGCACUGGGGCUGCGGCGCACACCGUUUCGCGCAGUGGUGCCGUGGACCCAGAAGCGGGCCCACCACUGAGCGGCAUAGCUUGGACGGCGGGACCAGUGGCAGGCAUGGCGGGCCCGCUGCUGAUGAUGGGGGUGCGGGGCGACUCGCAGCGGGUGGCAGCGGCUGGCGGCAGUGCCCACGAGCCGCAGCAGCCUGGGGCGGAGGGCGAAGAGAUGGAGGAGGCGGAGGUGGGGCCGGUGGGCCGGUAUCCCCAGGUGCCGCGAGGCAGCCUGGCCCCCACACACGCCGCCGCAGGUGUGGGUGACGGACUGCUGAUCUUUGGGCCGGCUGGCGGCGAUGAGGCUGCCAACGGCGGUUUUGGCGGAUUCGGCGGUCCGAAUGACACCCUGUUCUCCACCGCCACAGCCCUGGCGGCACACGGCGGUGAUGCCAGGUGGUCGAUGCUGUCAGAUGCCUUUUCCUCCGCAGCCCAUGCGGCUGGCUGUGAACUCACCAGCACCCAUACCGCCGCCGCCACAGCCGCAGCCGCCAAUGGCUCCACCUCGAUGGUAGCAGCAGCCGACCUCGACACACAGCAGCCCACUGCCUCUGAGCCCACUGAGCAGCCGCAGCGGCCGCCCCAACCCGCAGGCGCCACCUCAGGUGGGCCGCCGUCCGAGGGGCAGCGGGCGGCGGCGCACUCGCUGCGCGUGGACCGCUAUGGUGCACUGCUGGCGGGCAGUGCGGGCUGGCGCUUCGAGCAGCUGUUUGACGACGUGAGGACCAGGGAGCGACUCAGCAGCCGCGCCGGGGGGCUGGGGGCGCGGCAGGGGUCGAUGACGGCGGCGGUGGGGGCUGAGAUCGGAGCCGAGGAGGACGGCGGCGAGAGCCUUCCGGCGUUUGCUAGUGGUGGUGUAACAGGGGGUGCUGGCCCACAGCUGCCUAGCGCUGCGCCGUCCACCCUGCUGCUGCCCCAGCCGCGCCCGCACCCAGAUGACCCGACCUCGGCCUCGGCUGUGCUGCUGCGCAGUCCGUCACGCCGCAGCCCCGGCGGCCCCAUGGCGGCCACCGCCACCGCCACCGCGCAGGGCUCCGCCCUCACCGCAUUUAUGCGCCUGAGCAGCCCCUACCCCGACCCCAGCUCCCUGCCUUUGCAUCCCCCCAGUGGCGGCAGCUUCACUGGCAUUGCAGGUGCAGGCGGAGUCAGGGGCAGUGGAGUUCACAACGUGCCGACCACCUAUGAGCUACUCCAGCAACAUCAACGGUACGCAGUAGUCCCACCGGCGGCGGCGCGGCGGCAGUCUGAUGUCUCCUCGAUGGAGGGACAGCUGGUGCGGCAGGCGGCAGGGCCCCAGGAGGGAGCCGGCAGCCGGCAGCAGGAGCGGGAGCAGCAACAGCAGCAAGUUGCAAUGCCAGCUGUUGCAGCCAUCACUGGUCACGGGCGAGGCAAGUCACUUGCCAGCAGGGGGCCUGUGUCCGCCUCCGCCGCCACAAGCUGGGUGCGGGCGGCGGCGGCUUGGCUAGGUGUUGGAAUACCUGCGGCGGGCCGGAAGGCGUCUACUGGUGGUGCCUCCGCCUCCACCUCCUCCCUCGCCGCCCAGUCGACUCCCACCUCGCCCACAGACACUGGGUUGGGCUUCACACGCGGCGCCUCACUCCGCGCCAUCAACGCCGCCGCCAGUAGCAGCGGUACCGCCGCAGGCGUGCACGUUGCCGCUCUCUACCCGGCGGGAACCACCGGCGGCGGCGCUCAGGGCCUGUUCCUGACCUACAGUCGCAGCCUGGGGGCGACAGGGCCGGAGGCGACGCGUGUGCGUGUGCUGACAAGCGCGCACGUGGAGGCGGUGGGAGGCGCAGCGGCGGCGGCGGCCACACCAGGCGCAGGCGCCCUGGAGUUUGUGUCGCCGGUUGCGGGCAGUGAGGAAUACUACGCACACGAGUUCGAGGUCACGGCCCCCAGCUCCGACCGCCCCAGCCGCGGCCAGAGACUGUCGCAUUUCUGGGGUCACGCGGCCGUACGGCCAGGGCCCGGGGCGGGCGCCGUUGUGUUUGCGUCUGCUGACCCGUCGGGGCCGACUGCUACGGUACCCGGCGGCCCGAUGGCGGGCGAUGUGGGUGUCAUGGUGGGCCCUCAGGGGCUGCAAGGGCGCCGCUUCCUGUCGGCAGGCACCGCGGCUUACCACGGGCUCCUGCUCACAGCUGCUGAGACGCCGCAGCUGGCAGGUCCCAGCCCUGGCCCGACCCACAUGCCCCCGGGCUGGGGCCUACCCCGUGCCGACAUGGCCGCCGCGGCAGGUGGAGCGGUAGCGCCAGCAGCAGCAGCAGCGAGCCGAGACUCCAGCGCCCAUGGUGGCAUUGCCUUUGGCGCAGUGCCCUACCCGCACGCACUGUCCCGCCCCUCCUCUCGGGUCCUGGCAGGCGGCGGCUCCGCCCUCACGUCGCCGGCGCACACAGCCGCCGGCAGCACCAGCGCUAGCGGCGGCAUGGACGGGGUCGCAGCAAGCGCAGGUGGCCCCCACCCCUACCUGCCGCUGCGAGUGAGCUCCAUGAUUGCCGCAGCGCCCGGAGGCGCAGCGGCGGGUGGUGGUGGUGGUGGUGGUGGUGGUGGUGGUGGUGGUGGUGGUGGUGGUGGUGGUGGUGGUGGUGGUGGUGGUGGUGGUGGUGGUGCGCGGCCGCUGUCGAGCCAGGCCGGUCAGCCGCUGUUUCUGUCUGAGGCGCAGGACGUCAUGGUGGGGGUGGACUCGGCCAGUCUGACACGGGGGGGCGGAGGUAGCAGCGCCGGUGCUGUGGCUGGCGGCGGAGUGGGCAGCAGUAGUACCGCGGCGGCGUUUGCUGCUGGCGGCCCUGCGGCCUCCCACUUCCACUCCCUGCCACCCCCUGUGCAGCCUGUGCGCCGUGUGACCAUGAGCGGCGGCCAGGGCUCUCAGGUGGGUGUCACCUACGUGGCGGCGGUCACUCGCCCCCAGCCGCACCUCGGCACCGCCAGUGCCCAGCACCCAUGGGAGGCCGCCAGCCCGGCAGCCAGCUUCGGAGGCCCCGGCCCGGCAGUGGCAUUUGCAGCGGCGGCGGCUGCAGGACCCGCCGAGGCAGGAGGCAACAGUCAGGUGACGGCGCCAGUGGGUGCAGGCGGCGGCGUAUCUGCUGCAGCUGCUGGCGGCUUCGGGGCGGGCAGCUGGGAGGUGACUCUGGAGGCGCUGCGGGCGGCGGCGGUGCGCGUGUCUGGCACCGCACCCAAGGCAACAGCGCAAGGUGACGUCCCGGCCCGCGGUGCAGUAGGCGCCGCAGCCGUCACUGCUGCCGCCGGCAGCAGUGGCAGCCCCAACGCCGCCGCCCUGGCAUCCCCUACAUCCGCCCCGACCAGCAGCCGGGGUGGCCUGGGUCUGACGCAGUCGCUGAAGCGGGUGCUGCAGCUGGGCGGCAGCAGGCAGUCACGCCGGCGGCUGCUGCAGCCCUCCACCACGCCCUCCACCGCGUCGGCUGCUAGUGACGGCGGGGGUGCGGCGAGGGGCGUGCAGGUGGUGCCGGCCACGGACACCUCCAGCUCCGCCGCCACUGCAGUCGCUGCAAUUCGUAUGGCAGUCAGUACGGAGGCCGCCACAGCCGCCGCCGCCACAGCCGCCGCGCUACACAUGCCGGCGCCGCAGCGUGUCUUCUCCGACAGCGUGAGCCCAGCCGGCCCAGCCACCCACGGCCCCGCCUGGGUCAUGUACCCAGCAGGGCCGACGGAUCCGGCGGCGAGCCCCCAGGGCCAACGGGGCCCCCAGGGCCAACAGGGCCAGGGGCACUACCUGUACUGGGCACGGCCGCUGGGCACGGCAGAAGGGGCGGCGGCGGCGGGCGCCAUGUGGGCGCAGGGCGACAUGUGGGCGCAGGGCGACAUGUGGGGCGGCACUGGCGGCCUAAGCCCGGCGGCGGCGGGGCCGCAGGCCUCCUCGCUGCCCCCGCCCCAGUCCCUGCACGGCCAGCUGCUGCCCGACCUGCAGCAGCCGGUGGAGCAGCCUGGCAACGGGGCGGCACAAGCUGGUCUCAUACAGGUUGUGGAUGUGGGUGUGGGUGUUGGGCUCAGCCGCAAGCUCACCCUGCCGCCACCUCCACCCAAGUCCCCGUCCCCCACCCGGCCUGCGCUGCCGGGGUCUCUGCUGCCUGCACAGCACUCUCUGACAUCGGCGGACAAAGACGCCGACCUUGGCGGCCGCUUCCACUCCUCUAGCCGCCUGGAGCCCCGCCGCCACUCGGAGGGCACGGGCGCAGCAGCCUUUGACGCGGCGCAGGAGCAGGCCAUGUGGGGGCCGGCCGGCGCGCUGGCUGGCGGCGAGCGCGCCAGUGCGCCUGAGCCGCAGCGCCACUUGCGGCCUCAGCUGCACCUGCUUGGGGGCGGCGCGGUGCUGGCGCUGGGCCCAGUGGGCGGUGGGGCGCGGGUGGCGGCACGCAUGGGCGUGUCCUGUGACGGCAUGGAGCUGGGCGUGCCGGCCGCCGCCCCUGACACAGCUGCGGGCGGCGAUGCGGGUGGGCUGGCGCUGGACCUGAGGUCGCAACCAGCAACACCACACGUUGUCCGGGUCACCCAGAUCACCCAGAUCACCCAGCGGGCUGAAGCCGGGGCCCACACAGCUCCCGGGUCCAUGCCCGGGGCGGUGGGAGCCGCAGCCGCCGAGGAGAUGGCGCCGUGGCGGCAGCGGCCCGCGCUGUGGACACACUACUACUACCAGCAGUCGUCACAGCCGCAGCACGAGCCGCAGCACCCGCGCCCGGCCCACCUGCAGUUGCAGCCCCCGCACGGCCGCGCUCCGCCGCCCUCGCUCCGCAGCGCCUCCCUGGCCGCCAGCGCGUCCGCCCGCAGCCGCUGCUGGGUGCUGCAGGAGGAGUGGACGGAGGAGAUGCUGUUGCAGGGGGAGGGCGAGGGGGAGGGCGAGGGCGAGGGGGAGGGGGAGGGUGAGGAGCAGGCAGCAGGACAGGCGGAGGCGCGGGUCGGGCUGGGGGAGGCUGGAAGCCAUGGCCGGGGCACUUCCCAGCAGGAGGGAGGGAUGGAGCCCGCGAGCGAGGGCGUCGCUGCGGCGGGAGGGGGUGUUUCCGCCAGUGGGCGCCAAGAGCAAUGGCUGUGGUCGGGAGGCCGGAGCGUAGAGCAGUCGGCCGGGCAGCAGCUGGGCGGUAGCCGGGCGGCAGGUAGUGGUGGGCAGGCACAGGCGGGGCGACUCGCAGCCGCCAGGCUACCCCGCGCACUUAGCCCUGCAGCCCCGGUGCAUCAGGCUGCGGGGGGCACCGGCGGCCACGCAGAUGCAGCGGCCAUGCAGGUGGGAGCAGCCGCCGGGGGCACUGCCGGGAGCCAGGCAACCCCGGCCAAGCGUGGGAAGCUGCAGCGUCUGAUUAGGAAGCUGCUUCCAGGUAGAACCUAGGAGACGUGGGAUGCGUAUGCGCACACUAUUCGGUUGAAUGGAUGGACGUUGCAGUCCGGUUGUUUGCUGGCUUGUUUGAUGCGGGCGCGAAGUACGGUAUGUGAGAUAAAUUCUUUCUUGCUGGGGAUUCGAGAUAUCCCUGGUGCGCGGUAACCACGGCGAGUGACUGCUCAUGACCUGAAAGGCUGUGUGCUGUAGAGUACAUGAGAAGCAACUUCACUAAACCCAGCUGGAGGUUUCACACCCCGUCCGGUCUUGCCCGCACACCCGCUGCUGUCCGCAAAGCCACUUCAAAGAUGACUUAUGUACAUAGCAGCACAUAAAGGUAACCGUUAUUUAUGAAGACAUUCUAUGCAUGUAUGCGCAUGUAGAUACAUAGGGUGCUACGCUGGUGGACUGAAGGUUGGCGGUGUGCAGAUGGAUGGGCUCGGGCCACCUGCUAGGCCAAGCAAAGUAAUUGACCACCAGGCUAAGGCGAGGUCGGGUGCGGGGGGCCACAUCGGCGGCAUCCGGGCACGCGCUGCUGCGGGUGCUCAGGUGUGCGCAUGGAGAGGGGUAUGGGAGGUACAGAACUGGGUGGCUGAGAAGUGUGAACGGGGCUUUGUAAUGCGUGCAUGGA